UUAUUGUCGAACUAUAAAUAUACGUGUUCUUGGAAGCAUAGGCCAGCAUAUAGUAAGGAUGCACCCCGGAGAAAUGAGCCUGAAAAUCAUUAAUGAAGAGUUAGAAUAGAGUUAGAAUGACGCAGCAGUUUAACGAUUGGUUUUGGAGUAAAUCCUUUUGGCUUCCUCCAAAGACAACAUGGGAAGACCUCACUUCUAACAAAUACAAUAUACGUAUUCCUCAAACACGCGAUUUGUAUGUUAUCUUACCUUUGACCGUGUUGAUUGUCUUAAUAAGGAUGUUCUUUGAAAGGUUUAUUGCUCUGCCAUUUCUGAAACAUUGUGGUCUUAAAGAAAGAAAUGGCCAUAAAGCAGAACCAAAUGCUAUUUUAGAGAAGGUUUAUCAGGACCUAGCUGGAAAACUGGAAGAACAGCAGGUCAAAACACUUGCUUCAAAAUUAGGAUGGACCGUUAAGAGAGUGGAACAAUGGUUUAGGUAUAAACAGAAUAACAGCAAACCAUCAAAAUUAACAAAGGCAAAGGAAUGCAGUUGGCGUUUUUUCUUUUAUACUUCAAUAUGCACAUGGGGAUUUCAUGUACUUUGGAAGGAGAAAUAUUUAUAUGACACACGACAUUUUUGGAUUGCUUACCCCAACCAUGACCUUUCCAAUGGAAUUUAUUAUUACUACAUAAUUCAACUGUCAUUUUAUACUUCUUUACUGCUAUCGCAAUUUGCAGAUGUGAAAAGAAAGGAUUUCUGGAUUCAAACAAUUCAUCAUGUUGUUACUAUAUCGUUGAUGCUAUUUUCUUACUCUUGUAAUUUUGUACGGGUUGGGGCUGUAAUAUUGUUAGUUCAUGACGUCUCGGACGUUAUACUUGAGUGUGGUAAAGUAUGUAAAUAUCUUUGUGGUGUCCUGGAUAUUCAAAAAUUUUGCGAUGUUAUAUUUGGCGUGUUUGCUGUUGUGUUUUUCAUAAGUAGACUUAUUAUAUUUCCUUGGUGGGUCCUCAGAUCUGUGUAUCUGGAAGCUCCGAUAUCCUUUGGAGGAACUAUGCCGAUGUAUUAUUGUUUUAUGGGCUUGCUUCUUACCUUGCAGGCAAUGCACAUAUUUUGGUUUUAUCUAAUUGCUCGUAUGGCAUAUUCUUUCCUGAUUAAAGGCAAGGUUGAGAAUGACGCCCGUAGUGAAACCGAGGAAUCUGACUCUGGCGACAAAAAUGGCGCAAUUCAAAAUGGCGUCACAAAUGGCAAACACAAAAUGCAAUAAUUUUUUUCGUUUUAUGGUUGCCGUGGGAUAAUAAACGUUAGAAUUUUUGUAGAAAUACAACUCGUAGUGUGCGAAUAGGAUAAUUUUAGACGGUAUUUUAUGGCGUGCGGUGUUUGUUGUUCAUAUUAGGAAAUGCGUGAACGAAGGGAGAAAUACUAUUCUUCUAGAAGAAGUACUAAAAUAAAAUAAAUGCAAAAGAGGUGUUUUUAUAUAGAUGAGAUAACUCUAUGAAACAGUGCUUCUAGGCAUAGGUAGUAAAAUUCAACCUGAUAUUGGUUAGCAUGAUAGAAACUACUAAGCUAGAGGUAAAUAUUAAGUUUGUAAAUCCAAUGAUUAAUUCACAGACCUAGCCCUAAUAUAUAAUUUGCGAUCAAUAACGUAGUAAGUUCUCCGCGAUCAGAGUAUUGUGUAUAGAAGAACGCGAUCAGAGUAUUGUAUAGAACUAAUCCCGAUAAACUAACCCUAAACUGUUUUGAAUCAUUAAAAAUCUUGAAGCACCCUAUAAUAUAACACUUUAUCUACCAAUAACCAUUCGCGUACAUAUCAGGUUAAUUAAUUGAUUAGAUACACAAACACUAUAAUCACGUCGUGAUACAAGUUAACUCGUUCUCAUGAUAUAGGAAUCUAAUAUUUUACUGGUCGACUGAAAAAUGCGUUUUCAAUUUACUAAUAGACAAUAAUUGUAUAAUAAAUAUAGCUGUGUAUAUUAUCUAGUUCAAUUUGUAUACUAUUUAGAAAGCAUCAACU